AAACUAUGGUGGAAAUAGACUAGGUGUGUAUUCAGGAGUGUAAGUUUUCAUUGUAAGUAAAUUUGGUUAUAUUUAACAAAUCCUAACUUUUCAUUAUCAGGUUUUUAAAAUUAUUUGCUACUGUAGGUUUCCAUACAAGUGAACUAUAUUGAUUUGCACCCUUUCUCUAAGUUUAAAAAAAACAGACUAUCUUUUACUUAAUUGUGGCUAAAUGGAUCUGGCUGAUAGAGGCAAAGAUAUAAAUAUAUUGGUGUAAAGGGACAAAUAAGAGAUAAGAGUAUAUUUAUUGCCCAUUUAUGUAAUUACAUGUGUCACUAAGGACAAAGGUCUUUAAAACAAAACGAUAGGCAGAGUAGAAACAUUUCCCUGCAUUUAGAUGGCUUUGCUUCCACUUCUCUCCAUGAAAAAUUUUUUCCUCCAUGAUUACAUAUCUUCCUAAUUUUAUAGUCACAUUUUGAGAACUUAAUCGUCUUCCUGGGCACAAAUCGAUGUCCGAAGAUAGGCUGCACUCCAGUAAAAAGAAAAUGAAGUUUUUUCAAGAGCAUUCAUAGUCUUCGAGUUGAGAGGACGGCACUUCCUGAGAUCUGAUAUCCUUGUUCUAUGAGGAAGUAUUGCUAGGACCACAGUACCAUGGAUGUGGCGGGUGAAAAUGAGGCCCUGCAGCAGUUCUUUGAAGCUCAGGGGGCCAACAGUACACUGGGGAACACAGCUCUGGAUACCAGCUUGCUGGAGGAGUUAAUGGGCCAUGACUUUGACUUAGGAGCCUUGCAACGCCAGCUACCAGAUACCCCACCCUAUUGUGCAUCAGACCCAUGCUCUCCUUCACAGAUCAAAGGUACAUGCUGCCGAACUCUGAGGCCUACAGCUGGGAGGACUCCAGCUACCUUUCUCCGCUCGGCAGCUGCAGCUGCAGCUGCACCUGGAAUGGUGCCUUCACAACCGCUGCAGAGCAUGUCUGAAAUGAGCAACUCUGAACAUACCCACAGUGGCUUUCACAACUGCUACCCAAGCACCAAUCAUCCUGUGACUCCGCUGAACCAAUCCGUGUCCUCCCACCUGGGCAUGAAUUGUUCUUACCAUCAGCAGCCUCUGUGCCACAACCCUGGGGACUCAUUGCCACCAGCCAAGAAGAGGAGGUACACACAGGUGCUGGAAGACUCUGGGGACUGCCAAGUAUGGGCCCACCAGUCCAAACCAAUGACAAGUAGGAGUUACAGCAGCGAAGUACAAGACCAUGAAAGUGAGGGACAGAGUGCAAUGCUCAUGGACCAGUGCUCUCCUGCUCUGAAGUGGCAGCCCUACCAUAUCGGCUCCUGGCACAGCUUAUUAAACAGCCAUUAUGAAAAAUUACCUGAUGUAGGCUAUCAAGUCAUCACCGACAAAGGAUUUAAUUUUUCACCAGCAGAUGAAGCUUUUGUUUGCCAAAAGAAGAACCACUUUCAGAUAUCUGUCCAUAUCCAAAUUUGGGGAAGUCCAAAAUUUAUCAAAACCCAAAUGGGCCUAAAGCCAAUAGAAAUGUUUUACUUGAAAGCUUUUGGAGUUAAGGUAGAAGCCACCAAUCAAAUAAUUGCUAUUGAACAGUCCCAAGCAGAUAGAAGCAAAAAGAUUUUCAAUCCUGUUAAAAUCGAACUACUGGCUGACCAGGUCACCAAAGUAACGCUGGGAAGAUUACACUUCAGUGAAACCACAGCAAAUAACAUGAGAAAGAAGGGAAAACCAAAUCCCGAUCAGAGAUACUUCAUGUUGGUGGUUGGACUGUAUGCUGCUAACCAAGACCAGUUCUAUUUGUUGUCUGCCCACAUCUCUGAAAGGAUCAUUGUACGGGCCUCUAACCCUGGGCAAUUUGAAAAUGACAUCGAAGCAUUAUGGCAGCGAGGACAAGUUCCAGAAUCUGUUGUCUGUCAUGGCCGAGUAGGAAUAAAUACGGAGGCACCAGAUGAAGCCCUGGUUGUCUGUGGCAACAUGAAAGUGAUGGGGACAAUCAUGCAUCCCUCUGACAGCCGGGCGAAGCAGAAUAUCCAGGAGGUUGACACAAAUGAACAGCUGAGAAGAAUUGCCCAAAUGAGGAUUGUUGAAUACGACUACAAACCUGAAUUUGCAUCUGCAAUGGGAAUAAACACUGCCCAUCAAACAGGAAUGAUUGCCCAGGAAGUGAAAGAGAUCCUGCCCAGAGCUGUGAGAGAGGUUGGUGAUGUCACCUGCGAAAAUGGGGAAAAGUUGGAGAACUUCCUCAUGGUCGAUAAGGACCAGAUCUUUAUGGAAAAUGUAGGUGCAGUGAAGCAGCUCUGCAAACUAACCAACAACCUCGAAGAAAGAAUAGAAGAGUUAGAAACAUGGAACAGAAAGCUGGCCAGGCUAAAGCGGCUCAGUAGUUCGAAGUCCUCAGUCAGUGAAGCAAGCUCAAUCAGCAAAUUUAGCAGAGCUGCUAGUGUGUCUUCUCCAAGAAGGGCCGUUCCCAAAAAACCCAACAAGGUUUAUUUUUCAGGAAAAAAACAGUCGUGUCCUAACUGGGUUUUCCAGAGCUUGGUUAUAGCUCUAAUUGCUGUGAUGGCAUUUUGCGCCUUGACAAUAGUCUCCAUUUACAUACUUAGCUUGAAAGAUCAAGAUCAAAGUGCCCCAAAUCUCCUUCCAAGCAAUAUCACAAGCUCUCAGGAGCCAGCUCUGCCACCCAUAGCCUCCCCCUCAGCACUUAAUACAUCCCUGGCAACCGCACAGCCCUCCCUCCAAGUACCAGAAAUAACUUUCUGUGAGGUCCUGCCAUGUCAGGAGACUUACUGCUGCCCCAUCUGGGGAAUCAGAAGUGUCUUUUCAAGUCCUGUGCAAAUACAAUCCGAGGAGGGGAAGGAACUCCAUCAGAUGCCAUGGGCAGAAGAUAGAAGGAAAACAUUCCUGGCAAGAAAUGAGCAAACCGGCCCUGACUGGGGAAGUGACUGGACUGAUACAACCAUCAGUUCUAUUCAGAUUAUGGAAAUCCAGCAAAGGAUAGAUCAUCGGUAUUGCAGUAGAAGCCUCCAGUGCGGGUCUGGAAAUUACAAUUACAAUAUUCCUGUUAAUAAGCACACACCCACUAAUGUCAAAUUCUCUCUGGAAAUCAACACAACAGAGCUAUUGAUAGUCUUCCAGUGCAAAUUCAUCCUUGGAAAUAUAUGUUUCCAUACUCAAAGCGAAGCCAAAGGGACCCAAAGUCAGAGCAAAAUCUCCCAGGAGAUGACACAGGGAUAUCAACACAUUUGGAGUCUCCCUGUAGCUCCUUUCUCUGACAGUGUGUACCAUUUUCGUGUAGCUGCACCGGAUUUAGCCGACUGUUCAACAGAUCCUUAUUUUGCUGGAGUAUUCUUUACAGAUUACUUCUUUUACUUCUAUCGACACUGUACCUAAUUUAUUCAGGUUUGGUUGGAAACUCUACCAAAGAAAAAUACUCCAAAUACAGUUAACAGAAACUCAUAUUCUCUUUGAAGUUUCUUUGUUCUUUUUGUAAAACAUUCACGUUUAUUGCUAAAAGACUGUUUCAGGCUUUGGCUUCCAACAGUUUGGAGACAUUAAUGAGGAGAAUAAAGUGUUUGCUGGAACUUGA